AUGCCGAGCCAGCUCGAAGGUGCGAUGGAUGCGCUGAUAACGGUUUUCUACAACUACUCUGGAAACGACGGAGACAAGUACAAGCUCAACAAGGGCGAGUUAAAGGAACUCCUCAACAGCGAGCUCACUGACUUCCUCACGUCACAGAAGGAUCCGAUGCUGGUGGAGAAAAUCAUGAACGACCUGGACUCUAACAAAGACAACGAGGUGGAUUUUAAUGAGUUUGUCGUGUUGGUGGCAGCCCUGACUGUUGCCUGCAAUGACUUCUUCCAAGAGCAAAAGAAAAAAAACAAGUAGACGUCUGUGGGAAACCAGCUGUAAAUCUUUAAGAUCAUUAAAAACAUCCAAAAAUGUCCCAUCAGUGUAAUUUAAUAUA